AUGCCUAAUACGAACAGGUUCUUCGUAUCCGCAGAAAAUCGGUCCUGUAGUGUGGGAGAUAGCAGCGAUCGUCGGCGGGCGGGCAGCGGCGCACGCCACCGAGCGGCGGCGGCCGCAACGACGACGGCGCACAGCAAGCAGCUGGCGGCGGGCGGGCCCAACCACCCGCCCCAGCCGCAAGGUAACAAACGAUCGGGCUGCGGCGGCGAUGGCGACUACCAGCUGGUGCAGCACGAGGUGCUCUACUCCUCGUCCAACCGGUACGAGGUGUUGGAGUUCCUCGGUCGCGGCACUUUCGGGCAGGUGGUGAAGUGCUGGAAGAAAGGCACCAACGAGAUAGUCGCCAUCAAGAUACUUAAGAACCAUCCCAGCUAUGCUCGCCAAGGCCAGAUUGAGGUUUCGAUCCUGUCCCGGCUCUCGCAAGAGUCCGCGGACGAGUUCAACUUCGUCCGCGCUUACGAGUGCUUCCAGCAUCGCUCGCACACGUGUCUCGUGUUCGAGAUGCUGGAGCAGAACCUGUACGACUUUCUCAAGCAGAACAAGUUCUCGCCGCUGCCACUUAAAUACAUCAGACCCAUACUGCAGCAGGUGCUCACCGCGCUGCUUAAACUUAAGCAACUGGGCCUCAUCCACGCGGACUUGAAGCCGGAGAACAUAAUGCUGGUGGAGCCGGCUCGGCAGCCGUACCGCGUCAAGGUGAUCGACUUCGGCAGCGCAUCGCACGUCAGCAAAGCGGUCUGCAACACCUACCUGCAGAGCAGAUACUACAGAGCGCCGGAAAUAAUCCUGGGCCUAGCAUUUUGCGAAGCAAUAGACAUGUGGUCCCUGGGCUGCGUGGUCGCGGAACUGUUCCUGGGCUGGCCCCUGUACCCGGGAUCUUCGGAGUAUGACCAGAUACGAUACAUCUCGCAGACACAAGGCCUUCCUACUGAACAUAUGCUCAAUAGUGCAUCAAAAACGGCGAAGUUCUUCUACCGCGACGUAGACAGUACAUAUCCAUUCUGGAGGCUGAAAACCCCCGAAGAGCACGAGCUUGAGACGGGAAUUAAGAGCAAAGAAGCCAGGAAGUAUAUCUUCAAUUGCCUUGAUGAUAUUGGACAGGUUAAUGUACCAACAGAUCUUGAAGGUGGCCAACUGUUGGCCGAGAAAGCAGACAGAAGGGAAUUUAUCGACUUACUCAAGAAAAUGCUUACUAUGGACCAGGAGAGAAGGAUAAUGCCGGGGGAGGCACUGAACCACGCGUUCGUGACACUCGCGCAUCUCGUCGAUUACGCUCAUUGUAACAAUGUAAAGGCCUCCGUGCAAAUGAUGGAGGUGUGCCGUCGGUCGGGCACAGGCGUGGGCGGCGUGGGCGGCGUGGGAGGCGUAGGCGGGGUGGGCGGUGCGGAGUACGGCGUGGGCGGCGUGGUGGCGGGCGGCGCCGCGCCCGCCGCGCACCACCUGGCGCUCACCAUCAACCAGCAGCGCCUGCGCGCCGCGCCCUACGACAACCUGUACCAGCUGUACGGCGGCGGGCGCGUGGCGGUGGGCGGCGCGCGCCAGUACGCCACGCGCGCGCCCGACCCCUUCCCGCACCAGUUCGUCUCCUCCAUACUGUGCCAGCCCGCCUACCAGGUGCAGCAGCUGGCGGCGGCGGCGGCGGCGGCGGCGGCGCACCACCAGCACGGGGUGGGCGUGGGCGUGGGCGACGUGGCCGACUGGCGCGCGCCGCUCAUCGUCGAGCCCGCGCCGCUGCCCGAGCCCGACGUCUGGGACUUCCACCCGCACCACCCGCACCAUCAUCACCCUCACAAAAGAUCAACAAAGCAGCAGACGAGCGCCGUGCCACACUACCAGCCGCACCACCAAACGCAUCAAUACAGUAUGGCAAGCAGUGGUGGCAAAAAGGAACCUACUCAGCUGUCUCCGGUCAAGAAGAGGGUGAAAGAAGGCACACCUCCAUCGAGGCAUAGGCAUCAUCAUGAUCAUACAGGUCAAAACGUCACAAUAGGUGGUACGUGGGAGGGCAAUGGUAACUGCGGCGGUCACACCAUCACCAUCCGCGACACACCAUCGCCCGCCGUCUCCGUCAUCACCAUCUCCGACUCGGACGACGACGACACGCCGAGACGGCCGCGCCCGGCCCAGCAGGCCCAGGCGCAGGGCCAACAAGGCCAGGGCCAGCACCAGCAGCACCAGCACCAACACCAGCAACAGCACCAACACCAGCAACAGCUGCAACAUCCUCAACACCAGCAGCAUUCACAUAACAACAGAGCAGGAAGUGGCGAGUGCGCGGUAACAACAGCUCAUAACAACAACACGAGCAACAACAAUGUGAGCCACAGCAACACGGCGACGGUGAGCAGCGGCGGCGUCAUCUGCAGCGCGCGCACUCCUCGCGACGAGCGCCACGUCAAGCACGAACCUCACCAGCCCCACCAGUCGCACCAGCCCCAUCAGUCCCACCAGCCCCACCAGUCCUGCCAUCAUCAUCACCAACAACAACAGCAAGUGCAACAACAACAGCAACAACAACAGCAGCAACAACAACAGCAGCAACAACAACAGCAGCAGCAACAACAACAACAGCAACAACAACAGCAGCAACAACAGCAACAGCAGCAGCAGCAGCAGCAACAUCAGCAGCAACAACAGCAACAACAUCAUCAGCAACAGCACCAGCAGCAGCAGCAGCCGCACCUGCAGCAGCAGCAGCAACAACAACAGAGCGUGCGCACACAUGCGCCGGUGCAGCCGCAAGCGACACCGCAGAGCCAGAAGAAACGCCUUUUGGCUCUGGCACAACAGGAGGCGCAAGCAAAACAAGAGCCCUUGUCUGACCAGCAGCCGGCCCAUUAUAUUUCCAGCGGUGCGACCAUCCGUCAAACGAACGACUACCAAUGCAAUCAGUACAUUCAAGCGCAGCACAGUAAGCGGGAUAGUAGUGGAGGGUGUCGCGAGUACCUGCCGGCGACGAGCGGCGCUAUGAGCGCAGUGAGCGCGGCGCACGCAGUGGCCGUGGGGGUGGGCGUGGGCGUGGGGGUGGGCGCACCGCCGGCCGCGCACAAGCACGCGGCGCCGCACGCCUGGCACCACCACCCGCACGCACACUACAAGACGGCUAGUGGAGGUGUUCUAUCACCAGGAGGAGGUGUUUCGCCCGGAUACCUGCCGCCACCGCUUUACGUGCCCACAUAUCAUUACCACACGGGCGGCGUGGCGGGCCCGCCGCCGGCGCACCACGGCAGCGGCGCGCGGCUGCCGGGCUACCUGCAGCCCUACUCGCCCACCUACCUGGUGCCGCCGCACGCGCCGCACGCACACGCGCACGCGCACGCGCCGCACCAGCCGCUCCAGCCGCACCAGCAGCACCUGUGGUACGAGUGA